AUGGCGGCGCAGGCAGGCGGCGUCUUAGCCAAUGAGAGCUCGGGGCGGGUGUCCCAAAGGAUGACAAAGUCCGAGUGUUACUUCAUUAACGGCACGGAGAAGGUGAGGUACGUCCAGAGAUCCAUCUACAACCGGGAUCAGUUCAUAAUGUUCGACAGCGACGUGGGGCACUUUGUGGGGUUCACCCGCUAUGGGGAGAAGUUGGCCAAGCGCUGGAACAGCAACGCGGUAUUCAUGGAGGAUAGACGGACUGCGGUGGACUGGUUCUGCCGGUGCUGGUACAAGAAUUUUACCCCGUUCAUCACGGAGCGUUCAUCACGGAUGUCCCCCAGCGUGUCCAUCUCGCUGGUUCCCCCCUCGAGCUCCCAGCCCGGCCCCGGCCACCUGCUCUGUUCCGUGAUGGAUUUCUACCCUGCUGCCAUCCAGGUGAGGAGCUCCUAA